CAACAGGACUAUGAGGUCUCGGCUACAGUACAGUACUCUGAUAUGGCAACUCCGGUCGGAGGCUCUUCACGAAAGGCCAUCCUGGAAGCUGCCAAUCGUGUAGGCGAGGCGAGCAAUGACUUCCUUCGCUGUGUCACUCAGGACGGUGAGGAACAGACGCUGGAGUCAGGGCAACGAUCCUUUGCGGAAGAGGAGCGCGCAUACCAGGAUGAACUACUUGGUCUGGCCAAGGAGGUGGCAAAUGCUACUGCCGGGUUGGUUGUGAAGGCCAAGCACUUGGCAACGCAAACUAAUUUGGAUCCGGAACACCAACAGGAUGUUGUUUAUGCUGCCACACAGACGGGACUAUGCACCAGCCAGCUGGUUGCCUGUACCAAGGUUCUGGCGCCAACGAUACAUCAACCAACGUGUCAACAACAGUUGUCCGAGUCCGCGCGUGAAGUCUCUGUGGCUGUUGAAGGUGUUGUCAAGGCUGCUCGUGGUGCUGGCCAGUCUGUGUACGACCAACAACAAAACCUCUCGCCCGAAGAAGCGGCGGAAGUCAAUGAGGCGGUGCAGGAUGUAGACAAUGCAGCGACUGAAGUCCGCAACACCCUGGACCGUCUCAAUGCCCAUUUACUCAAGGAAUCAGUACGG